AGCAGCGGGCGCACGGGCUUCUCCAGACCCAGCAAGCUGAGAAGCCGCUGGCGGAGGUGGGCCAGCAGCUGAUGGGCUUGACGCUGGCCGAGCACGGCCAGGGCGACGCCCAGCUGGCGGCGCAGCAGCAGUACCUGCUGACCUACCGCACGGCCCAGCCCGCUCAGCAGCACCAGCAGCACCAGCAGCAACAGCACCAGCAGCAACACCACCAGCAGCAACAGCAGCAACAGCAGCAGCAGCAGAUGUACUGCCUGCCGGGCCCGGCCGUGCCUCUGCGCUACAUGUACCAUCAGCUGGUGGGCCCGGAGCAGCCGCAGCAUCAGCCGUCCUACAUGGGCGUAUACCCGGGCGGCGGCACCACCCUGAGCUCGGCGCCGGCGCACGAGGCCGGCUACUACAUGACCUCGCCUCCGGCCGCCGGGCCGCCAGUUUACCCGCUGUCGCCGUUCUACGGCCAGCAGACGUACGCGGGCGCGGCCGGCCGGCCGGCCGCCGAGCCGUCAGCCGUGCCGCAGCAGGUGCUGGGGUACGCCGCCCAAUACCCGUCACUGGUGUCGGCCGGGCCGCCGGUGGCCGGCCGUCUAAUGAACGGGCACCGACUGCGCUCGGCCGAGUCGCUGGACGACUCGCUGCUGCUGCACCACCACCACCCGCACCCGCUGGCGGCGCCGGCGCCCGCCUUCCAGCGGCCCGUACCGCUCAUGCGGGACUCUGAGGAGGUGUGCCGGCGUCGCCACUGGCGGCCGCUCAGUCGCGGGACGCCGCCGGUCAGCCGCGUGGAGGCGCACCGCUGUCCAUAA